CAUUAGUGAACAAGUGCCUUAGUGAACAAGAAGUGUUAAUACAAUUGUUGUAUGUGAUUUAAAAUAAAUUGUGAAUAGAACAUUUUACCAAGAAUAUGAAUCUACUAUUUGUUUUGACCAUUGCGUCAAGCGUGGCGAUAUUGAAUGCGGCAAUAGCUUCUCGCCACGAUAGUCGAAAAUGGUCCAGACCUCUCAUCGUAGCCGAAGAGGAACCCGAAGAACAACCAGAACCUGCAACUGAACUUCAAGCACCAUCUAAAGACAGCAUUGACUAUUAUUUGAGGCAGCCUGUACAAGAACCUUACAUAAUAACUAUACCAGAAGCACCAGAAAUUCAUAAGAAACAACCAAAAGGACAAGAUUCUUACUUACCUAGCCAAAAUAGUGCUUCGAGUAGAGAGCAACCAGUCCAGUUUUCUCUGAGCACACGAAUGAACUUUACAAACACCGAUGAAGUACGCAAACCUCAAGUGUUCCCUCAAUCGAGAUAUGGUAGCUUACCCAAGAAAUUCUUAGGUUUCAAAAAUAAACCACAUUACUUAAAAUUCUACGCUGAUGACGCUUUGCCUAAAGUAGCACCAAAAGGGGCACAACAAAAAUUCUUCGAAAGCUCAUCACCACAAUCUGAAUACAUCCAACAUAGCCAACCAAAGGAGAUAACCCAACGCCUAUCAAAACACAUUAUCGAGAGCAAAACUGAAAAGAAAAUUUUACCCAGACAACCACUGCCACCAAUCUUUGAUAGCGAAAGUGAAGCAGUUGUACCACGUUUGAGUUAUAUUAAACCUAUUGCAGAGGCCAACAGUUCUGAGGAGGACGAUGAGGAAGAAUCAGAGAAGAUUGUUGAAGUGGUCAAACCAACAAAGACGAAGAAGGCUAAAUCUGUGAAACCAAAAUUGGGUGCCUUGACCGAUGGUAAACAGAGAGUGGAAUUCCAAAUGCACGGUCAUGAUGGUCCACAGAGCUACAAAUUUGGAUAUGACACUGGCAAAGGAAGCAGUCGUCAAUUUAGAUUCGAAGAACGAGACAACGAUGGAUUAGUCAGGGGUCACUAUGGAUUCUUUGAUGAAGAUGGAAAAAUGCAUGUUAUUAAAUAUAGAGCGUCAGCUGAUGAUGGUUUUAGAACCGAUGAAUAAUUUAUAAAUUAAUAUUUUGAUUUCAUUAUUUUUAAAUCUUCCAAAAGCCUUUUUUUGACUUAGUGGAGAAUGCAUUUUUUUCAAUUACGGACACAGAAAAAUUGGAUAUUCAAUA